CUUUCAACAAAAUACUUCACCAAAUAAACGUGAUCUCAUCACAAACCCUCCACCACUCCCAUGUAAAUGUGACAAAUUGUCAAUGUCUAGUUCCCGUUCCUUCCUGGUACUAGAGUCAGGAUAAAAUUUCCUCAUUUCUUCUGUUAACAAUACUUUGGGGUCAACGCCCAUGGUCAAUACUGUUGGCUUCAAACUCUUCUACAUCUAUUGUCAUUUCCUUCUCAACCCAAAUCGCUCCAAUACCCUCUAACACCACCAGCACCGCAACCAGAUCUCCUCCUCCUCCUCCGCCCCAACCACAAUGAACCCGCCACCGCAGCGGCCCACAACCCCCAAAAAGGAGCUCCAAAUCCAAGGCCCCCGCCCCUCCCCUCUCAGACUCAGCAAAGACUCCGUCAAAAUCAAGAAGCCGCCUCCCCACCCCCACCUCCGCCAAAACCCACCUCAACAACAGUUCCAGCAGCACCAGGAGCCGGUGGUCAUCUACACCGUCUCCCCCAAAGUGAUUCACACCUCCGUCAACGAGUUCAUGUCCCUCGUCCAACGCCUCACCGGCCCUUCCUCCUCUCCCCCCGGCGACCUCUCCCCCGCCGCCCGCCUCGCCUCCAUCGAGAAAACCAGCCCCUCUUCCGAUCACAAGCACUUCCCGCCCGUAAAUUCCACCACAACCACCUUCGCCAUUGACGACGACGACUUUAUGGAUAGUAUUCUGGAGGGUAUUGACUUGAUGGGUCAGUUCCCGGGGAUUCUGUCGCCGGCGCCGGCCACCAUGCCGCCGAUCCCAGCUGGGUUCUUCUCUCCGGCCGCCGAAGACCCGCAAAACUUCAACUGGCAAGGCGCCAACAACAUCAACAGCGGCUUCAAUAGUUUCAUGCCGAGCCCUUCCUCGAAUUCGGCUCUGUUUUCGGCUCCUCUGGUUUCUCCGAGCCCUUCUUCGUGGGACCUCUUCAACAGUUUCUUAGGCUUCUAGGAAUCUGGGUCGGCAAUUGGGAUCGGCCGGCAGGCGCCCGGUGAAGGUUUUUGUUUUCUUUGUAUUGACAUUGUCUACUGACUUUUAUGUCUUGUAAGAGUAAAUUACUAAAUUGUAGAGAUCAGAAUAGUGGACUUUUCAUAUGUAGCAAAGUUAAGAUUGGAUUUGAGGGUUAAAUUAAUACCUCUCUUUGUACUUAUAGAUGAAUUUUGGGCAGGAGUCUUUCUUUC